UGAAGCCGGUGCAGCCGACGCUGGUUGAUGUUUGAGUACUCCUUUCAAAAUUUUAAGAGCUCUUAUUUUAAUCGGUCAUUCUUAUCAUUUGAAAUAAAUCUAGAUGCGUGCAGCGGAACCUUCAGCUACAAUAAUCCCACGUUGGUGCAGCCUUCCCGGUCCGUGCGAAGCGCUCUAGGAUUCGCCCAAGGAAGCAGGGGCCGUCGCGCGUCCCCCCACCCCGGCGAUCCCGAGCCGGGGAGUUUUGAGGGGUCCGAAGCCGAGGACUUCUUUCCCGACGAGUGCGCCGGCUCUUCGGGGGCGUCGUCUGGGAGCAGGGCGUCGACGUCCAGGUCGUCCAAGACCAAGGCCGCCAAGGCCGCCAAGGCCAAGCAACGUGCCAAGACCAGCGCCAAGGCUGCCAAGGGCGCCAAGGGUGCGGCCGGCGCGCCGACCACCGAGGAGCCGGGCACUCCGACGACCGCGCCGUCCGAGCCGGGCGACAUGGCGGCCACCGAUGACGACGGCCAACAGGCCGCCGACCUGCAGCUGAAGAUGACGAGCCACCUAGUGAUGUGGCGCAUCGGGGCCGUGGUGGGCGUGUCCGUGCUGCUGGCGUGGCUGAUCGGGGCGGUCGGCCUGUCGCUGGCCUGGCUGCUGCUGCUGCUGGCCGCCCUGGGCACCGCCUGGCCCUCCCUGCCCGGCAUCGUCGCGGACGCGGUCCGCCGCGAGACGGUGAGGGUGCGCGUGCGCCGCGCCCUGUGCCAGGACGAGACGGCCGAGUGGUUCAACUUCCUGCUGCACCGAUGGUGGACGUUCAGCUCCAACUCGCUGCUGACCACGCUCAAGGAACGCCUCGAGCCCCUGCUCAACGAGGCGCGGCCCUCCAUCGCUGAGAGUCUGGAGCUGCGUGAACUGUGCCUGGGCUCCAAGACGCCGCUGCUGACCGGUCUGCGAGCCACCGACCUCGUGGCCGGCCGCUGCGUGCCCUUCUCGCUGUCCUCGCUGCUGGGGGGGCCCGGGCUGCAAGGGCCGGCCAGCGGCAGGGCAGGCUCCCCCCCGCUGGCGCCCUGCCACCGAGUGGCGCUGCGGGCCGACGUCCAGCUGGAGCCCAGCGACGACUUUCGCUGCGUCCUGCGAGCCCGCAUCAGGGGAGUGGGCGUGGACAUGGAGAUGGCCAUCGAGAAGCUGCACCUGAGCGGCACCGUCCUGGCGACCCUCACCCUGGACAUCAACGCCCCAUUCCCGCACAUCACGCACCUGUCCAUCGCCUUCGUCGAGAAGCCCGACAUCUGGUUCAGCGUGCGCGUCCUCAAGGCAGUGCAGGCCAUGGAGGUGCCGCUGCUCAAGACGUGGAUCCACUCGCUGGUGCUGGACGCCCUGAUGACCACCCUGGUGGACCCCGGCCAGCUGGACUUUGUGCUCAUGUCGCCGGACUGCCCGAGGCCGGCCAAGGAGGCCACCGACAACGACAGCCUCGCCUGCGGCGUGCUCACCCUCACGCUGUCCAGCAGUGCGGGCGGUGCGGGCUCCGGGCCGGACGAGGGCGGCGCGCGCUGGCUGGUGCUGACGCUGGGGUCGCAGCGCCGCACCUGCCAGCUGUCGUCCCAGUCCCAGUCGGCCUCGGAGAGCGUGUCGUUCCUGGUGAGCGCGGCGCAACUGCAGCCCUCGGCCACCUCGGCGGAGCGGCUGCAGGUGAAGCUCAAGGCCAAGCGGCUGGUGGGCGCGCUGACGCUCGCCCAGUACGAGCUGCCCCUGUCGGCCUACGUGAUGGAGUCGGCGUACGCGGCGGACUCGCCUUCGGACGGUGCGCGCUCCAGCCUCGUGGUGGACACGGUGCUGCGCAAGGUCAGCAAGGCGUCCUCGCUGCAGCAGGCGCCCAACAUCAACGUGCGCCUCGAAUACACGCCGCUCCCCCCCAUGCAAGCCAACCAGCCCGAGCUACCCAUGUCAAAUGGCACCGACUCACUACAGGGUGGUGUUCUACAUGUUGUGAUCCAUGGUGCGGAAGGACUGUCACCUUCGGAUCAAAAUGAAUGCAACCCGUACUGCAUGAUAUUCAACAAUCGACAGAAAGUGAAAACUACCCACUACAUGCGCGGGACCACGUCCCCAGCGUGGGAAUCUCGCACCCAACUGCUCGUGUCUGAUUUCUCUCAAACAUCUCUGUCAUUUGUUGUCUGCUCAUGGAGCUCUGCUAAAAUGGCAGACACAGACCUUCUCGGGGUGGCUGUUUUAAAUAUGGCUAAUACUGAAAGGAGAUUGGCACAACGGCAUCUGGCUCUCACUGGCAAUAGUGCUGCUGCAAACAUCACUGUUUCUGUUGCGUUCCAGCCGGUAGCCUCAGUAUCUGUAUCUAAUUCUAUAUCAAGACUAGGAACUGGAAGUCUUCAUGAAAGGGACAGACAGCGCCCUGCUUCUCCAGACCAAAGAAAUAUUGAUGACUUCUCCACUUUUACGAGGGGAAAGCGCAACAGUAAUACAUGGAUGCAUCAAGCUAAGAUGCUUUUAACUCACAAAGAUAAUGAUACAAGUGUAUCCGAUAUUAGCAAUCUUCUUUCAAAUGGUCAAGGAUUGAUUGAAGUCAGCUUUUUUAGAGCACGGAACCUUGUGGCCAAGGAUUUGAAUGGCUUUAGUGAUCCAUAUUGUGAAGUGAAAGUAAAUGGAGAGUGCAAAUAUAAGACUAGUAUCCAAAAGAAGACUUUAAACCCUGUAUGGGAAGAAAGCACUAUCACAGGGAUGCCAAAUCACUCUGAAAUAUUGGAGAUAUUAAUUUGGGAUCAUGACAUUUUUGGCAUGAAAGAUUUUCUUGGCAGUAUAACUUUUACCUGUGAUGAAAUAAGACGUUGUUCUGCUAUUGAUGCUCCUCAGUGGUUUCAACUUCAGAACACUAAAUCUGGAAGUGUUGAAAUUAAAAUGAAAGUGAUAUCUGAUAUGGAAAUGGAGAGUUGCAGCAGUUACGCACCUAGCACUGCUCCAAGUGUGAAUAGUUGCACCAGUUCACCCCGCCUUCCCAUCAAAACUGAGAGUGACAGAGACUCUAAUUAUAGUUUUAAACCGAUAAUUAGACGACCCUCGAUGGAGCGUUCACGCCUUAAGCUGCAUGUUGAUCCACCCCCUCCUCCUCCGAGAACUGUCACUCUUCAACACAAAGGAACAAAUAAGGAAGCACCCAAUUCAUUGGUGGGGAAUGCAAAUUCAACUGAGACAACUUUGAACUCAUCAGAAAUAAAUCUCAACAAAGUGAAUGGCAAUGGUGUUCAUAAUCAAUUGAGUGAAUCCAUGCUUGCUAGUGGUAGUUGGAGCCCAGUCAAUUCAGCCACUUCAUCACCUUUGCCUGUGCCUCGGCUUUUGGUCACAUCACCUCAUAGCAGUGCGCAUAGUUCGCCGGGUCGAUUUUCCUUACGAUCACACAAGCCACCUUUGAGUGGACUCAGUCCCAGUGGCACUCACUCAGGCUUUGAGGCCAAUGAUGAGAGCCCAUUCAAGAAAGGAAACGAAUACAGCAGCUUAAGGAUCAUGAAACAGAAGGUAAAACAAGGUCUUCGUUUGAGAAGGUUCCGAUCAGAAAUUAAUUUUUAUGAGGAAAAGAAUGGGAAAAAUAGUGCAUCAGGGAUAACACUUCAACCUCGAAGUGCAGAAGAAGCAGAUGAAUCUGAAAUGCUGCAUGGAGAGCCAUUGUCUCACGCUGUGUCGCAACCUAGCUUAUUCUCGUCCAAGCCCAAAAGACCAACAGAUCUGAAGGGGCUUGCAAGUCCUCGUCCAGACACUUAUGUAGGUGUAGAGGGCAAAGUUCUUCAAGCACAGGGACUGCAUGUUGCCCAUGUUGCUCAGCUCUACUGCCGCGUCAAACUGCAGACAGUAGUCAGUCCAGAGAAACAGACCAGACUGAGUAGCAAUAGUGCAACUGGAAAAACGGUUGGAAAGUCCCGUCUUCUUCCUGCUGUUCCAAAUCCACGAUUUGAUCUCCACUUCCAAUUGGAUUCAUCAUCGCCAAUCCCGAGACAAGCUGCACUGCUCUUUGAAAUACGGAGUGCCAGCAAAGACAUUGUGGCUUCCAGGCGCAUCACUCUUCAAGAUUUACUGUCAGCUGCUGCCCCAGACACAAAUGAAGUGCACACAUGGUUGGCUUUAAACAAUGGAGCCUCUGUCGAAGUAGAAGUUGCCCAUGGCAGAGAGUUAAAGAAACCUGCUCGCAAAAUUUUUCGCAGCUGGUCUGUACAUCGCAUUGGCAAAAUUUGAUAACACCAAGAAUAUUCAGGUGUGUAGUUGAUGCAAUAUCUUCUUUUUAAGAAUAUGACUGUUGUAAUUAUUAAUUAUUCUUAUUCAUAGCUAUGAACUGAAUUGUGUAUGUGAUUUUUGUAUAAAUGUAAUUUAAAUAGAUUCCAAUUGUAUGGGAACAGUCACUUUUUCCAGAACCCAUAAGCAAAAGAUAAACUAGUGAAAUAAAAUAUUUUUUUAAAGA